AUGAGCAGUCUGCCACUUCAGAGAAGCAAGACGGCUGGGGGCGCCAAACAACCAGCCUCAACGUCGUUCUCUACCAAACCUCCAGGCGAGAGCGACACGCACAUGCAACCCGAGGCAGACACCCUCAAGACUGUGGUGCUUACUUCCACGGAUAACGUUACGUUGUCAUCCGCCAUCACAAUUGACCACGCCGCCUUUCCUCACCUAAUCGACACGAUCCUGCAACAUCCCGUUUCGUGGGCCGCCAUGCGUAGGACCUGCAAGAAGUACAACACCCAAGUUACUGGUCUGAUGUACCGCCACCUUCGGGUGUCCGCCUACCCUGUUGACACAGCCACCUAUGACUAUGGUCUCAACCACUACAUUGACUCGCCUGUCGAACUACUGGUAACAUCACCCUACGCCCAACGUCUACCAUUCUUUCGCAAGCGUCGCCUCGACGACAUGCCGAAUGGCUCAUCGCAAAGCCCAAGUUUGGAGCCCUGUGGUGGACGACUCAAGCAUACCGAGGUCCUUGAUAUCCCUUUCGGUGUUUCUAAAGAGGACCUAACGUGGUUUCGUAACACUCUCAAGAAUCUGAAGGUCGUUCGUUUUUACACCGACCCCGACCUGUUUGAGCGGGCUGGUGGCCUGGGCUCCUUGCUCAUGUUCAGGGAGCAUGUUCCGACGGUCAUCAUCUUGCCACAAUACCCAGACAGCCAAGACGGAACCUGGUCAUACUUCACCAUACUGCUCGCCCUCGACUUCAACCGCAUCGGCAACGCAUAUGCCAGCCCCCCCUACAUUACCAUUGUUGACUUUCCAAUAUUCCCGGCCCCACCCUCGUCCAAGUUCAGGACCUUCAAGGACGAGUUUAUGCUUCAACUUGCUUAUGAGCUCGCCCGUCAUGAGACCGACCAGAGUGGUGUCACGAGCUUUUGUGACAACAUCUCAUUUGUCACUCCCGACCAGUACAAGUCCACACUCUCCACUCGCCAGUUUGAACUCGAGUACAGGCUGUAG